UACAUUCACACAGCAACGGAGGUCCCUCAAACAUUUAUGUAAUUCAGACUGAUGACACUGCAGAAGUCAGCUGAGAUAGGCCUUGUGGUGCAGAAAAUGGAUGGAUAGACGGAUGAAUGGCUGUGUUAAGAUGGGACACUCAUACACAAAUGAAGUUAGUUCAUCGAAUACAGCAAAUUUAAAUGUAUCUACGGUAGUUAAUUUGAUGAACUAGCCUCCGUUAUGUAUUUUAUCGAUGCGUCGUUGGUUAUUUCGUGUAUACGAGCAUAGCUGCGUUCUUGUUGCUUGGAUUUUAUUUUCGUGCUGUUGCUGUAAUUCACUGAGUGGUUUCCAGGCAGAGUGACCUCACGGCGCCAUAUUAAUGUGCUCCCUCCUCCUUCGCCUGCUCGAUGUUAGCUUAGCGGUUAGCACUAGUAGCUCGCUGCCAGUCUGCUUCUCACAUCCACCGGACUGACAGACGGCAACGGCGUGAUGGAAAUUGACUCGCUUCAAGAGGCGCUCAGAGACUUUGAGAAGAAAACGAAAAGGGAGCCAUGUCCUAUAUUGGAGCAGUUUUUAUGUCAUAUCGCCAAGACUGGAGAAACCAUGGUCCAAUGGUCUCAGUUUAAGAACUACUUUCUUUUUAAAUUAGAAAAGGUCAUGGAUGAUUUCAGAGCCUCAGCUCCUGAGCAAAGAGGCCCCGCCAAUCCCAAUGUGGAGUCAAUUCCAUUUGAAGAUAUGAAAGAGCGAAUCUUGAAGAUUGUUGAAGGAUAUAAUGGAAUUCCCUUCACUAUACAACGCUUGUGUGAGUUACUCACAGAACCCAAGAAGAACUACACAGGAACGGAUAAAUUUCUUCGAGGUGUGGAGAAGAAUGUCAUGGUUGUGAGCUGUGUUCAUCCAAUUUCAGAAAAAAACGGAUGCAGCGCUGUCAGUCGAAUGAAUGGAGUCAUGCUUCCUGGGAACACUUCGUCCUUCACAGAGAGAAAAGUGAACGGUCCGGGAACCCCACGGCCACUCCACCGACCAAAGUUAUCUCUAGUCAACUCCCUUGCAGCGAAUGGCUUGCCUGACAGCACAGAAAACAAACACCUCAAAACAGACCCGGGAAGUGUUCAAGAUGUAUCGGGAAGCGAGGUUUCGGCUUCGGGAGAUAGCCUGGGCAAUUCGGUCAAGAAUAAACACUCAGACACCGAAGAGGACAUGGAAUCUGAGCAGCAGGAGGUGAAGAGACUAAAGUUUGGCAAGGAUGAAGAGGAGGAGGAGGAAGAGGAUGAGGAGGGGGAAGAGGACGAAGACGAAGAGCAGCAAGUGGAAACGUCAAAGCCUUCGAAUGCCCCUUGCCUCUCGAAAGAAGCAGAAGCCAUGGUCCAAGAGGAAGACGAGAAAGUCACUUUCAAGGAAGCCUCUCGCAGCGCGACAGUUGUGGAAGACCAAGAGCCGACAAGCAGCACUCAUGCUGAAGCAUGUCCGGACUCGGGCCCGGAUGAAGAGUUGGCCGAAAGGGUGGCGCCAUGCCUAUCGCAGCAUGACGUCAGCGACAUGGAUCAAACGGAGCAGCCGGCAUCGGCCUGUAUUGCCACAAGCCCGGAGACCAGUGCAGAGAGUGAGGAGAGUCACAGUGACCCGGUCAGCAGCAGCUGUAGUAGCAGCAGCAGUAGCAGCAGCAGCAGCAAUAGUAGCAGUUGUAGCAUCGACGAGAGUGUAGAAGGGGACCGUGAAGACGUCUCGCCCACUCCAUCCAGUAGUACGAAUGAGCCACCUACAGAGGGCGCCAUGGAAAGCGCCAGCGUGGACAUGGGAACCACCGACGAGCCCAUGGAGCAGGACUAGACUGAAAGCCCCUCACCCCGCAGUCAUGUGACACCACAAACCAGCUUGUCCUUGAAUCCAGCUUGACUGUCACUACUGGGAAUGAGGAUAACUUCACCUCAUACACAAACACCUCGUCCGCUUUUGGAUGCUCCUCCAAAAUGGCUACCUGGCAUUGAUGUGAUCAAACUAUUAAUUAAGAUGAACUUUUUUUUUUUUAAACUGGAAUAUGUUAUUGAUCUUAUUAUUAUUUUUUGCUAAAGAGUUGUUUCGGCGGCCUUUUUUCUGUGUUUCGUUGGAACUGUUUGGUGGGCUGCGAUGGUCAUUUUCUUUUUGAUGCCGCUCAUUCCAUGUUAAGAACGGAUUAGUGAACUGCGUCUCUUUGAAGCCACAAGCAUCAGACGACAGGAGGAGUCAGUUGACGGCGCUACAGUUGUGCAUUGACCUGAUCACGAUUCCCAAUCACUUCUGUCCUGUUUGGCCACCAGGCUGGAGGGAUUGUGUUUUUUUUUUUUUAAAUUUACUUCUCCAUCCUUGUGAAAGGGGAUCUCUUCACAGUGCGUGCCAUGAUUGAAACCUAAUUUUCGCUCGAUACACUACCAAUCUCACAGGAUGAUACGAUCACGAUGCUACGUUGCAGAGGGGCAUCCUCUGGGAAAUGGCACGUGGGUAUAGAAAGUCACCAUUAUUUAUAUGAUCAUUUCAAUCCUAUUGGUUAUUUUUGGAAUUUGUGUUAUGUCUGCCGGUUGUAGUUUCCAAAACCAGCUGUAAGUACAAAGAUGACGUCCGCUUUCUUUGUAUUGUGAUGUCACAUUCGUUUCACCGACUGAUUUCAGAGCAGUCACUGGUUGCAGUUCUCCAUCUUUUUCUGCAGCUGUACUUUUUGAUAUUUAGGAUUUUAAAUUUCUGUAAAGUAGAUUUUUGUAGAUUGUAAUACAGUAUGUGUUCACUGCCUUUGUGAAACCAUAUAUAAUUGUAUAAUUUCGUUGUACACUCUGGAUGCUUUUGAUUUCAAAUGGGGUAUUCAGAAACAGCAAUAAAUGUUAACAUUUUUAGGUAUUGGUCCAACUUAUUUUCAUUGCUUGAUGAAGUGAGUAUGUAUCCACUAAUUUACUCACAUAUGGUAUUUUCACAGAUAAACACUGUGCAACU